AUGGGCGAUUCUCCAAAAUGCCUUCGUGACUCACUGCGCGAGGCGUUACGUCGAAGGGAAGACAAGCUGUGCCGUCGAAAACUGACGAUUCUACCUUCGUCUUCGGUUGAUUUCUCAUCAAACGACUUUUUGUCACUAUCCACAUCGCCAGCCUAUCGAGCGCGGUUUUUGGAUAUUUUGCAACAAGCGCCGCCGUUGCACCCGUUUGCCAGCGGAGGGUCCCGCCUCCUAGACGGCAAUUCAGCCUAUGCCGAAGAGCUGGAGAACUUCAUUGCCGCGUUCCACAAUGCCCCGAGUGGCCUACUGUUCAAUUCCGGAUAUGAUGCCAAUGUUGGCGUUUUCUCGAGUAUCCCGCAACCCGGAGAUCUGAUAGUAUACGAUGAACUCAUCCAUGCCAGCGCGCAUGAGGGCAUGCGGCUCUCACGAGCAGGGAAGCGUAUCAAGUUCCCUCAUAGCUCUCCCGAUGGCCUGAGAGCAGUACUGCAAGCAGAAAUAACUGCAGAUCCCCGACUUCUUCAGGGCCGCCGGAACGUUUUCAUCGCCUUUGAAUCCGUCUACAGUAUGGACGGCGAUGUUGCGCCUAUUCGUGAGUUCGUAGAGAUCGUGGACCAGCUUCUCCCUUACGGUAACGGAUACUUCCUUGUGGAUGAGGCGCAUGCGACCGGCGUCUUUGGACCACGCGGUUCUGGGGUAGUCCAAGAGUUGGGACUGGAGGAUCGUAUGUUCGUCCGGGUACAUACGUUCGGUAAAGCACUCGCUAGUCAUGGAGCAAUCGUAUUGUGUUGUGCGGAUACUAGAGACUACCUGAUCAAUUACGCUCGCAGCCUGAUCUAUACCACUGCCCUGGGAUUUCCCUUUCUUGCUUCAAUACGUGCUGCCUAUGAACUACUCGUUGAGGGAAAAACUGAGCAGCUCCAGCACAAACUCGGACAACUGAUUGCUCACUUCCGGACGGGGUUGGACAAUCUCAACCACAAGGACUCGUCGACCUUUGAAGUUGAACAUUUUACGAACUCACCCAUAUUUUCCCUUCGCAGCAGUGUGCCCCGUGUGCUCGCCAGCGUAUGCCAGGAGCAGGGAUAUACCGUCCGUGCAAUCAUGCCGCCAACUGUUCCAGCAGGGAAAGAACGUGUACGCGUAUGCUUGCACGCGGGAAACACGGUGGAGGAGGUCGACGGCCUCCUUGAGACCAUUGCUACGUGGUUACAGCGGAUGGAAAAGCAAAAGGCUCGGUUAUAG